AUGGGCGACGAAGAAGAAGAUCGAGAAAGUGUCCGUCUGGAACUGGGAAAAGUGCGCCCCCCCGCCUCGGAUUUGUGAGGACAACCUCUCAUUUGCAGGGCAUUUCGGACUCGACCAAAAAAAAUGCGAUGACGUGGAUUCCGAUUCGAGAGCUGGGAAAAGGCGCGUUCGGAACGGUGUACCACGUCGUCGACGAGAAAGGAAAUCGGGAAGCGGCUCUGAAGAUAGAGACGAAGUCGGCGGACAACUUGCUGAAACUGGAGAAGGAGAUAAUGGAGGUGAUGUCGAAGGAGCCGACGGCGAUCCAGCUCUUCGACUCUGGCCUCUUCAAAGAGUACAGGUACAUUGUGAUGACGUUGUGCGGACCUGACCUGGAGAAAGUGGGCCAAUUGGUAACCGUUGCAGAGCAGACAGUGUACGUACUCGCGUGAUUUCAGAUGGGGAACAAGUUCAAUCCGGACACUAUCAUCCGUGUUUGCACUCGGACGCUCCUCGCCAUCAAGGUUCUCCACGAGAACCACUACGUCCAUCGGGACCUGAAACCGUGCAAUUUCGCCCUCGAUUAUCAGAGAACCUCCACCAACAUCUAUUUAUUCGACUAUGGAAUGGCGAGGAAAUAUGUGCGACGCGACGGCGGAACUUAUCGAUUGAGACGUCCGAGAGACAUGGAAAGAGUGGGAUCCGGGACGCUCGGAAGAUGAAUCUAUUCGUGUUCAGAUUCAAUUUCGUGGAACAGUUCGUUAUUGCUCUGUGCACAUGCACAAGAAUAAGGAGCUCGGACGCGUGGACGACUUGUGGUCGUGGCUAUUCAUGCUGAUGGAAAUGUAUGCUCCGCUCCCCUGGGCGGCCACUGUCCAUCGGGACAGAGUGGAGGUUCAGAAGGCAGAACAUCUUCAGGAUUACCUGACCAAGGAGCCGUCAGUCAUUUCAUCCUUCCCUUCUCUGAAUAUUCCUUUUCAGUUUCUUAUGUUUCACACUUCCGAUCUUCCAUAUGCUCAACUCUUACGACUACCCAGAUCGUCCCGAUUACCUCCAAAUCUCUGAAAUUCUUUUUUCCAAACUGAAAGAGAUCAAUGGAAAAGUGGUUUCGAAUGAGUUCGAUGCCAUCCGACUCACAGCCCCGGAAACGGAACAAGUCAAAAGCGGUGCGUUCCCGAUCGAUUCUUCCGUUUGCAUUUGCACUUUUCAGCAAUGAAAUCACUUCAAAUCAAACCGAUCGAGCAGGUGAAAAUGGAAGACGAACAGGUGGUUUUGGUGAGCGAAUGCCGUCAGACAGGGCACCAAUCGUGAAAAGUUACAGAACAAUCUGAGGACGGCAUUCAGCAAAGUCGAAGUUCCGGGCGGCGCCGAUUACUUGAUGCUCGAAGAUCAGGACUUUUUCGCUACGAACUUAGGUGCGCCGAAGAAGAUCCGUGAGGAACGGACGGACGAAUUCAGGAAAGUGAGCGAGUUCCUGCAGAUUCAUUCCAAAAUAUUAAUCACAGAAGCCGCCGGUGCUGCCGCAAACGGGCGGUUCCGUCGCAAAGCCGUCGUUAGUGCGGACCAGAAUGACUGGAAAGGCUCAGCAGCAGCCGUCGUUCCCAGGGAAUACGGCGUCGACGGUCAAAAGUGCGCAGGCAAAGAAUCCGACGAGCAGUCUCCAGAAGCAAAGUAGACAGAAGAAGACUUCGAAGCUCAAAUAA